AUGGCUGCUUCUGAUUCACAGCUUGAACAGAUUUACCUGUCGGAGUCUAACGCUGCCCUCAACUCUCAGAUCCAGUUGCAGCUGUAUGGCAGUUACAUCUACCUCUCUAUGGCUUCGUUCUGCAAUAAAGAGGAAGUGGCCCUAGGGUCCUUCGCGCUCUUCUUCCUGCGUCAGUCACAGAAGUGGAUGAAACGCACUGAGAUGCUCUUCUCCCUGCUGACCGAGCGCCACGGCUCCCUAACCCUUGGAAGGAUUGCCAAUCAAGACCACCGCCAGGACUGGUUUGAUGGUCUCAUGGCGAUGGAGUGCGCUUUCCAUCUGGAGAAGACAAUCAACCAGAGCCUUCUACAGCUGUACAGCCUGGCUAACAACAAAGGCGACCUCUCCCUCUGCCAGUUCCUGAAGUGCCAUUUUCUGCCACAGCAGGUAGAAAUCCUCAAGGAGAUGGGUGGCUACAUGACCAACCUGCGCCGGUUGGGGGCUCCGGAAAAUCACAACGCGGAGAAGCUCUUCGACCAGCUCACCAUGGCAGACAGCAUCAAGAAGAAGUGA